AUGCAGGCAGCCUGCUACUGCACCUCUGUUGAGAGCAGCCCCAGGGAGAUCUCUCCUUCAUCUCUGCUUUACCAACAGAGGAGGAUGGACAUGAAGUUUGCCCGAAUGCUCUGCGUGCUCUGCCUGGUCAUCACUGUCCGAGCAUUUACCCAGGAAGGGCUCAAGGAGGUGUUGCUGAAGCAGCUGGGGCUCUCUGAGAUCCCUAAGCUUCAUAAGAGAGACAUGGUGGAUCUGGUUAUCCCAGACCAUGUAAAGAACAAAUACUUCUCCAUGCUGAAGCGCCAGAGGGUGAAGCGCCAAGCUUUGCCGAGCCUGGCCAGCAUCCUCAGGGGGAUCCCUGGCAAUGCAGAAGUCCUCUACUCUGACACCAUCAUGCGCCAGAACCUGAUCUUUGACAUGGAGGGCAGAAUACCUAAAAACAGUGAAGUGACAAUGGCUGAACUGAAACUUUUCAAAAAGCCUCUGGACAGAGCAAACCUGCCUGCCAGGCAGCCUCACAGGCCUGUAUCCAAUGCAAGAGUCAGCGUGUACUGGGUGCACCGGCAGCAGGAUGGUACCAAAAGAACCUCCCUGAUAGACUCCAGGCUGGUUCCCAUACGCGAGUCAGGCUGGAAAAACUUUGAUGUGACUCAGGCCGUGCAUUACUGGCUGCGAAACAGGAGGCGGGAGCCAAUGUUCCUGGAGGUCUGGAUCGAAGGAGAAAGGGUAGGCAACCAUGCCUUGGAAAUGGCCAAAGCUGUGCGUUUCACCUCUCAGGACCCCAAGGAUAAAGCCCUAGGCAAACCUGAACUGGUGCUUUACACCCUCAGCUUGGAAAACUAUGGGGGCCCCGAGGACUGCACAGAGGAGGUGGUGGCGGGAAAGUCCGCCUGCUGCCGGCAGAAGCACUACAUCAGCUUCCGCGAGCUCUCCUGGACGCAGUACUGGAUCAUCGAGCCAGCAGGGUACCAGGCUUACCGGUGCCAGGGGGGCUGCCUGCAGUCCCCCACCCCGCCCUGGCACUUCGGCUACGGGGAGCGCACCUGCGCUGUGACAGAGACCUCCCCCCUCCCCAUGAUGUACCUGGUGAAGAGAGGCAACCGCACCGAGAUCGAAGCAGCCGAGUUUCCGAACAUGAUCGUUGAGAAGUGCAGCUGCGUCGCAGACGGCACGGCGCUGGUGUGAGGUGUGGGGAGCCAUCCAGGGAUGGCACAGAGUCCCCGUCCCGUCCCCCCCACCCCAUGCCCCCAGGCCUGUCUAGAGCCACCCUGGUCCCCAGCCCCGGGUCCAGCGAUAAAGGUCCUGAGGGACCCGCAAAUACCCACUUGCAAGGGGCUGCAGCAUCUGGGGCUGCAGCUCUCCCACAUGCCACACUACCCUCCAGAGAGGGUGCACUUAAAGGCACUGUCAUGUAGAUUAACACAAGCACGAGCUUUGACCUGCCUUUUUGGUCCUGCUCACGAGACUAUCUGUGAGGUCCUGCAAUAUUGAAUGGAGAUGGACAUGGGAGAAUCUACUGGUCUUGUGAAAACUUUUAUUCAUAAGAGAAAGGCUUGGGCAGGACAGCAGCACUUUCUCUCUCCCUUAUCAUUACAUUUCAGGAGAGAUAAUAAAAGUUUCAAGCUAUAUUAAAUGCCCCUGACAGCUGAGUUACAUGUCCUGAUUCUUCCAUGGCUUCAUUUGAACCAAAGCUGCUCUUCCAUUUUUUUUCAAAAUCUAUGAGAAGUUGCAGCCUGCUGGUGAGACCUUAUUUUCUCUCUUCCCUCAGCCCCGCCU